UUCAAGUUCAGCAGGGAAGGUUGGUCAACAACAUUCGAUCUUGUUUGGCGCUGUCGCGCUUUGCGUAGCGUUUUUUUUGGCCAUCAUACACACUACACCUACACAUUGAGGAAACACUGGGUUCGUAAUAUUUGGGAYARCUCCUCGUUCAGGCUUUGGUGCUGAAAGGGCUUUUAAAGUCGUGAUUUGAAGAGAARAUGACGAGUGGCCCGACGACUCCGGAAAGGAGCGACUCRGCCAUAACCGGACUAACACCUAAAGAACAAGCCCUUCUGAGCAGUAUCAGGCAAAGAAAGAAUAAACUCCUUGUGGAAAUUGAGCAACUGAAAUCAGAGAUAGCUCAAGUCACCAAUGAACUGGAUACAUUAGAUCAGGGUAUUGAAUAUCUUAUAUCUAGUGGAUUGUUGAAUGAAACCCCUGAAGAUGUUGCAGACUUUUUGUACACUGGUGAAAACCUUAACAAGACACAGAUUGGGAAUUACUUGGGAGAGAACCAAGAAUUUAAUCUUAAAGUAUUUGAUAAGUUCGUGAAGCUGCACAAGUUUGAAAAAAGGGACCUUGUUCAUGCCUUAAGAGAGUUUCUGUGGAGUUUUCGACUGCCUGGCGAAGCCCAGAAGAUAGACAGAAUGAUGGAAGGGUUUGCUAAACAAUAUUGCCAAGACAACCCAGGACUUUUYACAGAUACAGAUACCUGUUAUGUGUUAAGUUUUUCMAUCAUUUUGCUGAAUACAAGUCUGCACAACCCAAGUGUAAAGGAUAAGCCAACUAUUGAAAGGUUUAUUCAGAUGAACAAAGGAAUUAAUUGUGGAGCUGAUUUAGAUAAAGACUUUCUCACGGGUUUAUAUGAAAGCAUAAAGAAUGAAGCAUUCAAGAUCCCAGAAGAUGAUGGAAACGACAUCACACAGACUUUCUUCAACCCUGACAGGGARGGUAGUCUUGUCAAAGAAGGUGGUCUACAUAAGACGUGGAAGAAAAGAUACUUCAUAUUAAAAGAUAACUGCUUGUAUUACUUUAAAAAUGUUGGGGAUCGAGAACCUCGAGGUAUUAUUCCACUUGAAAAUCUGCAGGUCAGAGAAGUGAAUGAUGCCAAGAAAAAGUACUGUUUCGAAAUCUUCUCGGCUGACAAUUCAUCUGGACUAAUCAAAGCCUGCAAAACAGACUCAGAAGGAAAGGUUGUUGAAGGCCAUCAUGAUGUCUAUCGAAUUUGUGCUGCCUCAGAAGAAGAAAGAGAAACAUGGAUAGGCUGUAUAAAGGCCAGUAUGAUUUUUGAUCCAUUCUAUGACAUGCUUCAGACAAGAAAGAAGAAAGUCACACAAGCCGCAGUCUACAGUUAGCUACUUUAUACACAAAGCUGUCUUACUAAUAUAUGCUUUGGAAUGGUACAUGUGCCGUCAUGUACCCAUCAUGCUGUCUGAUGGGAUAUGUGGACCAUACUUCACUGCAUUUUUGUACAUAAAAAUGAAAUGUCAAAUGUACUUAUACGUUAUAUAUAGAUUGUAUAUAGAGUUAACUCAUUUCGGUUAACAUGCUCUAUGCUUGUGUUUAUGUGCUGAAUAUAGUUAAUCAUCACUAUAAUUAAUUCAAGAGGAAAGAAUUUCUUUAUGAUUAAAAGAUUUACUCUAAAAGAGUGMAUGCAAUUGCUUGUUUUCAGUUUGCAUUGUAGAAUGGUUCACUUAAAACGUUUCUCAUGAUAAGUGUUCAUACCAUGCACCACGUCUUUGUUGUCUUGCAAUCUUUCAAAACCCAACGGAUACAAUUGGUGGAAAAACAGCAAUAGCACUACCAUGAGAAAAUUUCAUUGAUCUAGUAAAUGACAUGUCAUAURAAAUGGGAAAGCACUGUCUGCAAUAAUAGAUUUAAUAAACUAAYAGACUAAUAUUGGUGGGAGAUAGAGGAAGUCCAGUUAAUGGUAUGAUUGGUGUAUUGAACUAGUAAGUUUUGUUGGGCAUAUUAUGUAACUCUGAUCUCAUUCAACCAAUCAUGAACGUUAUACUUCGAGUCUUUUACUGCAGUUUAUAUGUGAAAAGGCCAUACAUGAGAAGUCCAGAGCAAUAAAUUUAGGGGAGUAAAUUAAUCUUAGUUUCACAUGUACGAUGUACAAUGCAGUUUACUAUACUAUAUCACCUAUAUAUUUACAAACAAUGGAUUUUGAGCAAUCCCUUUUGGUCAAAAAAUUCCAUUUCAGGUUCCUGUGCCUCAGUCAUAGAAUGCAGGCUAUUGUAGUGUCGAAAAAAAAUAUUGUUACUCAUAUUUGUGAAUUGUGAAUAUAUAACUUGAACAACUAAUUUUGUAAUGUUUUGUACAAGUGAUGUAAUGCAGCAUUAAAACACAAUUAAAACAAUUGUUUUUA